GUUAGUCAUCGCGAAACUUUCAUACGAAACGGGCAGGGAAACACGUAAUGCAAGUAAGAGCGGGGGAUGAAAAGCAUCAGCUUCGAUAAUUGGCUCAAGAGCUUCAGAUACAAUGCAGGCAUCUUUAGCUUCAUCGUUAUAAGAAGCAACCCAUCUUUUAAUAUUUUAAAACCACUCAACUGAUGAUUUAGUGCUUGAUAGUGUUUCACAUAGUGGCGGAUAUUUGGGAGUUUCUUUGAGUCUUUCUUAAACAAACGGAAGCUUUUCGUAGAUCAAACAAUCAAAACAUUGCUGUAUCAACUGAAAUAGUGCAUUCUUGAGAAUUUUCAGUAUUAGAUGAAGUUGUCGGAACUCGUGCGGUCUAUGCAGGAUUGUUCCCGCAUCCCCAUCACCGCCGCCACCGCCAUCGCCAGCAUCGCACCCCCGGACGAUAUGAUCGGUCGUAAAGCAUUGCCACCGAAACCGGAUUCAGGAUCGCCCCCACGAAGGCAAUCCGCUUAUCGACUAGGCGCAUCACAAAAAUAGUCAAUUCUUGCGAAAAAUCGGGAAAGCUACAAAAAAGCUCGCUAAAAGUACUACCGCAAGUACUGCGCGACGUAACGAGGUCGGUAUGCCGCUGAAAGGAAGAAAUAAUUAACAAAACGCUAGCCAACUUUUUCAUUACGCUCUGUUCGGGACACAAAGCAAUCCUCAAGUGACAACCCUGGAGCAACGCAAACGGUAGAGAUAAAGAGAGACACGAAGCCCGGAACCACUGCCAACCGAACAGUAACGGCCCGGCCUCUGGACGACAGCCAUCGGAACAUCAUCAGAUCUCCCUCCCCACCCCCCAGGGGGAGAGUAACUACAAAAUUGCAUUAAUGUGAUGCUAUCUCUCCGGAGAGCAGGCAAUGCAAUUGCCAUGGAGUUUUUCCACUCGACAUGUCGAAUGUAAAACUGUUUUCAGCAUGCCUAUAAUUAUCCGGAUUUUUUAAUCCCGCUUUUCGCAACGGUAGCAGCAGCAGCAGCAGAAGCAUAGCAGUAGUGCGCCAUUUCAAUAAUUACCAUCACGACCAUCAGUAGCUGCAGCGUGUCCCUUUUGUUGUCCUUCUUUGGUGCAGCAGCCAACAGCGGUCGGCGAUCUCCAGCGCAGAGUGAGUGGUGGGGUGGUUGUCGAAAAUGAUGCCGCUAUUGUCCACCAGCGGAAGCCCGAUCCUUCAGCAGCUAGCAGUUCAUCAUUUGCUUACGAAUUCACAUCCGCCUUCGAAGAAAAUUCCCAUUCAACGGUACGAAAUAAGAUGGAAGUUCUGUAACUAAACGGCAGUCGGAACCAUUCGAGUCAACUCUACAGCAACAAAAAAAAACGGUCUCAAAUGAGGACCAAGCACUCGAACCCUGUCAAAACAUCGAGCGGUGGUACUUGAAGAAGUGGAGAAGAGACGGUGUACCCGCGAGAAAAUCGUGAACAGUGAAAAGUAGAAAGAAAGGCGUCAAACGUUUGCCACUCCAAACGUAAGAGGAGCCAGGCAGCCAGUGCAGUGAGUGAAAAGUGGUGCGAAUCAAAAUCAAGUGUUGAAAAUUUUGCUUCUCCGUUCGUUUAAAGCUUCCAAUUGAGUUGUUUGCCUAUUCUUUUUUUGGUUGUCAUAACUGAGCAGUCAUCUGUUACGCUUAGGUUGCGAACGAAUCUUGUUUUAACAACUUCCCCGCUUGUUGUUCGUCGCAUGAUACGAGAACCCGAAACUGCGUAGCCGCUGGAUAGAAAAGUUUUUCAGUUGAAUGUUGAAUUGGUUUGAAUACUUGUUAGAACCAACAUUGGCCGCAAGUAACGUGGAAAACACAAAGCCAGGGCCAAAGCAGCGUUUCUACUGGAGUGUCCUAACGGAUAAAAACUACUUCGUUAAGGUCUAGCAGGGGAAAAACAAAAACGGAAAUAAGAACGAGAACAACACUUCGUCACGCUACAUCCAAGCAAAAAAAAAACAUCAAAGGAAUGUCAUGCGUCCGAAUGACGAAGAAGUGAUGUUGAAUUAAGCAAUCGCAUAAAAUGUUGUGUUGUCACUUUCACAAAAGUUUUCCAACCACAACGGCAGCAACGGAACAGCAACAGAGCAAGUGAAUUUUCCGUAGAUUGUGAAACCGUCUGUUUGCGUGUCUUAGGAAUUAAAUUCUUUCGGUUUGCUUGCCGAAGGCGAACCGCUCAGUUCAGUUGGUGUGGUGUUUAUUUUACGGCUUUUCGUGCAGUUCGUGCUUAAUGAUGAGCUAUAUUAAACGCGUUAUAAUACCGCUUGACAGUUUGAGGAUUAAGACGGGAAAUGAGACUAAAUAUUAGGUAAACGAAACAGAAGUGCUUCUUACCGUGGUGCUAUAAUCGGGCGGGAAAGGUGAUUCAAAAAUCUGAUAACGAUCAAACUAAUCCGAAAGCUUCCAGAAGGAUAAAGCGGGAAGGAAAAUAGGCUCGUGUGGUUAAGCGUAGAUAUUCUGUAGCGAGGACACAGCGAGCGCGGGACGACCGAAGCGGAGUAGCCAAACAUACAAAAAGUAAUUAUAAUUUCUACCACUUCUUCGAUAAGAAUAUUAUGCCAAAGUGUUGGAAAAGUAAACCGACGGGCUAUGUUUGUGAUGCUGUCAGUUCGCACAACAGCCACCGUUCGUGAACGGCCAGCCGAGACGGUCAAGAAGGCAAUCAACAUAAACCAGAUUAUCAAGCACAUCAACAACCGCAAGGUUAGAAAAAACCAACAGCAGCAGCAGCAAAGGUUAAACAACGCGAAACCAACCGAUUGCAACGACAAAAAGCGCAGCAACACAAGUGGCGAAAGCGACGACAACAACAACAACAACAACAACAGUAGCAGCAGCAUUAGUAAGAGUAACAACAUCACCAUCGACAGCAGCAACAAAAGCGACGAAAAGAAUCUACGCAGGGACAAGAACAGUUACCAGAAGCCAAUCGAUAAGAUCGAUAAAACAUCGAUCCAGUUCAUUGCACCAACGACGCCAAUUAGUACCACGACGACCCACGGUCCGGGCCGGCUGGUACAGAUUCCGGAGAAGCAGCAAAACAAAGAUCACCCCGCAGUUACGGUUAGCACACUAACCGCGACCACCAAUUCGGUUUCCUCGGAAACGGAAAAACAGGACACAAGCCAGAACGACCAGCAGGAUCAGCUCCCGAAGACCAAGUUUCUGCUGCCGGAGUUGAACAACUUCCGCAAGCCACCAACUGUACAGGUACCUGUGGCAACGAUACUCAACGACCUUAGUCCCGUGCCUGCGCCAGCAAAAGUCACAAAUAAAAUCUCCAACUCGAACCCUAUGAGUCCUAUGAACCCCGCCGGGCUACAAAGUAACUCGCCGGACGUUAAGGCCAUGCGGUACUACAGAUUGUGGAUCUACACAUGCAACGCUGUGCUCUUGAUGGCGGUAAUUGUAUUCUGUGGCGUUGCGGGAAAAAUUUUACUCUCCGACUACAGGCGCUUGCUGGUGACAGGGCUCAGUCUGACGCAGCCGAGCUUCAUCUACGCGUACCUCGCGCUACUGGUGCAAUCAGGUUUCUUACAACUGAUAGGGUGUCUUGGUGCCUUACGACUAUCGGAGAAAUUAUUAAACGCUUACUGGUUGCUUUUACUCGUAUUGUUAAUAGGAGACGCAAUGUUAGGCAUAUUCUGGAUGUUCAAAUUUGACAGGGUAAUGAACGAUCUGCAGCCGAUGCUGAGGAAUCGCCUAGCCCAUGAAUAUGGAAAUUCAAUCGAAUUAACAGAUCUUUGGGAUCGGCUGCAGAAUGAAGGACGAUGCUGCGGGGUAGCUGGACCACAAGACUUCCCGAUCCACGUGAACCGGACCUAUCCGGAUUCCUGCUGCGCCUCGGACGUCAUCGAGCAGAUCAGCAUAUCGCGGAGACCGCUGGCGUCGGCCGUCGUGUUCCGCGGGGAGGACCUGGACGACCUAGCGGCUGCCUCCGCGGCCGUCGGUCACAAUUUCAGUGAUAUAAACGAUGCGUGGAGUCUCAUUACGGCACCCAGCAGCAGCAUCAGCAGUAGCAGCGUUAGUGGUAGCGGCAGCGGUAGUUUAAGUUCCAGUAGCAGCAGCAGUAGUAGCGGUGCGAGUGGCGGCAGCUUCAGCAUUCGCAGCAGUAGCAGCAGUGUGCUCAGCGCAACCGGAGCCGGAAACGACAACGGCCCUGUCAGGACGAUCACGGCCUGUCGAGCGGUGUAUCCGCAGGGAUGUGCCGACCGGAUCGUAUCGUGGCUGCGCCAGACGGCGGACGUCCUAUUCGUGCUGGGCUACUGCGUGAUAGCGUUUCUGAAGCUGUGCUUCCUUGGCAUCCUCCGGUACGAGAUCAAAGAGAUGAUUCAAAAGAUCAAACUUCUACAAACCGAAAUGGCCGGAGCGAUCCUGAAUGGGGUGGACGACCAACAGCAAAUUCAGCAGUUUACCCUGUUACAGCAGGUAACGAGUACGUCGAUCAACGGCGGAAUACACGCCGAGCCGAAGGUCGGCAACCGAGACCGGGAACGGACACGGAUAGAGGCCGCCGAAAGCGAACGGGAAUCGCUGCUGAACGCACAGCAGCAGCAGCAGCAACAGCUACAGCAGGAACCCACCCCGAAGCUGCUCAAGCAUCGGCAGCUGUACACGUGCAUCAACGAGCAGCACCUGUGCAGUGGGAGUGGGAACGGUGGCGGAGGAACUGGCAGCGGCGGCGGCGGCGGAGGUGGCGGCGCCGUAGGCGGUUGUGAGUCCGACACGAACUCCAACUGUGCGCUGCUGGUUGAAGAUAACAGUUCAGCGCUGCUGUCUUCCACGGCGGGCGCCAACAAGACAAUAAACGGUAACAACAACUACGAACUGAGCGAGUUCGACAGUAAGGCGCCCACUUACAGGCUUCUGAACGCACCGACGGUCACUAGAAUCUGACUACGGUAUUAUCUGGAGCAACUGUUUGGCGAUCGCUGGCGGAAAGCGAGACCAACGGCGCGAAACCGCGCCGAAGACACCACGAGCAGCGGAAUGGGGGCCUACGGCUGUCAACAGCAACAGCAGCAGCAGCAACAGCAGCAGCAACUGCAACUGCAGCAGCAACAUGUACAGCAGCUUGAACAGCAGGACAGUGCCAGUAGUAGGGAGGGUCUGAAGAUUAGUAUGAUCCAAAGGUUGCACAGCAUCACCGGUAGCAGUGUACUCAGUGGUAGCGGGGGUAGUGGCAGUGGCGGAAGUGGUGGGGCAAAUGAUUAUUCCGGAGGUUGUGGUGAUGGGGGCGGAAACUGCGCGAGCACGACGGCCACCGCCGGAAGUAGCAGCAGCAGUAGCGGAACCAACGUCGGUGGUGUACCGGGAGAAGAAGGUGGUUCGAGAAAGCGACGAUCUCGGAUUACCUACGAUCGAGAGCAGGGCGUGCGGUUCUACCGGGGAACCGAAACUACCGACAGUAACGAUUGUGAUUGUGAAGAUAUUUGAAGGCGACGGUAGCGAGGACGGUGAUGGUGGUGAACGGUCAAAAAGGGUUCAAAACCGAAUCAACUGUGAGAAAAUCAAUGCUGUGAACUCGUUAAGUUACAUGGAAAAAAGAUUUAUGUUAUCGAAAACUCUAGCAAAAGGCUUAGUUGUUCAUGCAAAACUUCCGUGCAAGUUUGGUCAGUUAGUAGUAGAAGGCGAAAAAAAACAAGAAGUUGUUGUUCUCCCCUAUAGAUAAUAAUAAGCGUCAACCUUAGUGAUUAUGAGGCAAAAUUGACAAUGUAGCUUUAGUUAAACGGAUUUAAAGACCUUCGCAAACAUGAUGCAAGCCAAUGCACAGAAGGCAAAAACGAAACACACACAAAAUCGAAAUCAAUCUAGUCAUGUAGCCUUCGACGUAAGUACACUCUUCGGUAAUUCUAGUUAAGAUAACCUUUCAUAAUUCGAUUUUUUUUACAUCACUCAUGAAGUGCAGGAAAAAAGUAGUCAUUCGUAGAAGCAGCGAAAACAAAGGUGAAACGAUCUGAACCUAUAAUCUAAAAAUAGCACAAUAAGGUAUUUUGGCUUUCGGCUCCAGCGAAUCAUCACCCUCAGCUGAUCCAACCUUUCGCACCGUUGCGUUAAUGUGUUCGUGUCUGGCGAUGGCUGGCAUCCCUUCGACUGCAAGGAAGCGAAAUCUUUCCGUACCGUUACCAUUUACUUCCGUUUCCGUAAUGGCCUUUCCAAAUAAGAUGCAAAUUGGAUUAAGGUGAAACCUGUUCGUUGAACAAUGCGAACGAACGGUGUGACACGACGGCGUGACGACGGUACGCGUGAAACAAAACGCCUCUUCCGGGAAUCACAUGAAUCUGGUGGUGUUUGCGAAACGAAAAUGGGUGAAAACGUUCAAUGAAUGAUUUGCUUCGGUGAAACUGACGUCUAUGAGAUGCCGAAUAAUGAAAUGCAGAUUAACUUACUUAUUUGUGCUCCUAAUUGAAUUAAUUGAAUAUCGAAACUUUCUUACAAACUCUUGAAUUAGACUAAACAAAUGCAAAGUAUCCUGGCCUGCAUGAAUUUAAAAACAUUGAUGCUUUCUACGCACAUCUUAUAAUUUGAUAGCACAAAAUUUGACAAAUUAUUUACACUACCUUUUGUCCUAAAUAACUUUUAGUUCCAACGUAGCAACUUUCACAAUCUUUGACACCACUUUUGUUUUACAGCGUUUGUAACAUCAUGAAACAAACAUGUUUGAAUGUUUUGAGUUGCAUAUAUUACUUUAGACGCGAUCGCAAAGCAUUCCCGAUGGAUAUUGAGGUUCCCAGCCAAAUUCAGAGCAGGUUGAGCCGGAUUCUGUCCAAGUUGUUCGCCAACGAUCUUUACGUUUUAACGGUUUUUUAGACGUAGAACUAUGUCUUACCACAAGGUGUCAUUCCAUAAUUUAAACUCUAGUUACCGUAACGAAAAUAUGAAAGAUUCUGAACGGUAAUUGCUUUGCCAAUGCUAAAUCGGUUCGAUUUAUAAUAGAUGCUGCAAUUGUGUGGUUAUAUGUUUGUUUUUCAAUCACUAAAUAGUGAAAAUUGACGAAAAGUUUUAAGGUUCAGUUUACCUAUACAUUUUCUGCUUGAUCGGCUUGCUCCACAGACAGGGACGACAGUUAAAUGCACCUUUUGUUUAUUGUGAUUUCGAUUGCUUUCCUUUUAGAAAAAAAGUGACAGAGUCUCCCGAUCCCAACUGGUCGAAGAUUCUUUACGGCGAUUGAACCUAGACCAAUUUGAUAUCUGUGUUUGGGAAGUACACCAGAAAAAGUGGCAAAAUCUCCACAUAAGGCGAUCAAACCUUGACCAGUUUGAUGUCUGUGUUGGGGAAUAGUUAUGGUAUUCGAUUGUGGUACGAUUCUAUAUGUUCAUAUUUGUGUACGUAUGAGCAUGUUUGCCCUUUGAUUGGAACAACAGUGCAGUGGAAAGAAGAAUGUAUGUUGUGGCAAGGAUAUGCUACUGAGAAAAAUGGAUUCACGGUGUUCAAAAUACCGUUAUUAAAAAAUAAAAUAGGCCAUAUAAACGGAAAAUGCCAGUUGGUUUGUAUUGCUAUCCUACAUCUCUGAGCCAAUUUUUAAAAAAAUCGUUCGACGAAUUUUUGAGUUACGCCCUUUUGAAGUUGUAAAGGGCAGAUUGCUCAUAGAAAGUAAAUAAAAAUCUUCAAUGCCACUUCCAAAAUGAACGUAAAUCACAGCCGGUAUUAAUUUUUAUGCUUAAUAAUAUGUCCAUUGUCGACCAUCUAAGGAGUUUUACACUGUAUUGGGACUAAUCGGAAAUGUUCCGGAUUAAGUUAUCGCUGUGGGAAAUGACCAGUAUCGAAUAUCUAAUCUAAUCUAAUCUCACACUAACGCAGCCAAUUCUUGAAGGCAUCCUGGAAAAUGACUUGAAUCAAUCAUUUUUCUUGUCAACGGCCAGGCCAACUGCGCAGCAUGUACCGCAGAGAGAAUUCCAAGGAAUCAAGUGGAACCAGAAAAAUAUCUAAUUCCAUUAAACUCCUUGAAAUCAAGGGGAAGGAAGAAAGCGUGGACCUCCCGUACCAAACGCUUCUCGUAUACAUAGAUAAUGAUUUAUUUACAAUCGUUGGGAGUAUCUUUGCUAAUAAAGGUUAAGUGAUACUCCGGAUCCUCAGGGAUGAACUAAUGGUAUUUAGACCAGAAGCCAGGCUGCAAUUGGCCAAGGAUAUAGCGCCUUAUUUCGCUCUCUGAAAAUAGCUUAG